CCAGAGUCUCAGACCAUCGUUUAUUCAUUAGGUCAAACGAAAGAGACCUCCACUCUUCUGCAAAAUCCACCAUAAUCGACCAAAAUCAAAGAGCUAUGAAGCUUCUUCAAGAGCACUGAAAAUCGUUUCCUCUGAAUCGACCAGUCAAUGUUUCUAUUUAGUUCAUUGAGGAAAACCCUCCGUUGAAGCUUCUUCAAGAGCAAAAAGCAGCUCCAAAUCCAUCGAGAUUUCGACCAGCGAAGGAUUUCGACCAGAAAAGGCUUCGACCGAACUCAGGCCCAAACUCAGUGUUGACAUAUCCCAGGAGCCCAGAGUUAGUUGUCGUCCCUGUUACUACUGCGCCAGCCUCUUUGAGGCCCAAACACCAAGGAUAUUCAAUGACUAAUGGAGAUAAAAGUUGGAUGGGUCUUCGAAGAUCCACCGAUGAUUAUAUUCGUGGAGUAAAUGAUUUUCUUGAUAAAGCGUUUGAACGAUCUGCCCAAGGAAAUGAAAUAUUAUGCCCCUGUAAAAAGUGCUUUAAUCGUUACUGGCAUUAUAGAAAUGUGGUGGAGGAUCACUUAGUUGCUUAUGGGUUCACAUAUGGAUACACCGAAUGGGUUUUUCAUGGAGAAGGGUUUUCCUCCAGAGAUUUGCCACGUCCAACCAAUGAUGAUGAUAGUUCGGAUAUGCAUGACGAUAUUGAUGGUCUACUUCAUGAUACUUUUAGAAAUGUAGACGGUGACUUGAGCCAUGAAGGAGUGAGAGAGGGACCAUCUGAAGAUGCAAAGAGAUUUUUUAAAUUAGUGGAGGAAGGAAAAUAAGAGCUGUAUCCAGGGUGUGAAAGUUUCUCUAAACUGGAUUUCACCAUUCGGUUGUUCUUGUUUAAAUGCAUUCAUGGGUUGAGUAAUGUGGCAUUUUCUGACUUGUUAGACUUGAUAAAAGAGGCUUUUCCAUUUGCUAAGUUACCUGAGUCUUUUCACAAGGCAAAAAAUGUGAUAAAAGAUUUAGGUCUUCAUUAUGAUAAAAUACAUGCAUGCCCCAAUGAUUGUAUGUUAUUUUGGAAUGAGAAUGAGAAGGCAGAUAAUUGCUCUGUGUGUGGAUCUUCUAGAUGGAAGAAUGUACGUGAUGGCUUGACUAAUAGGAACACCAAAGUUGCUGCAAAGGUUUUAAGGUACUUUCCUUUAAAGCCAAGGCUUCAGAGGAUAUUCAUGUGUUCUGAAACAGCUGUAGCAAUGAGAUGGCAUGAUACUGAACGACCCAAAGAUGGAAAUAUAAGACAUCCUGCUGAUGGGGAAGCUUGGAAGGAUUUUGACUUGUUGCACCCGGACUUCUCUAAAGAUCCUCGUAAUGUUAGAUUGGGUCUUUCAAGCGAUGGUUUUAACCCAUUUCGAACCAUGAGCAUUUCCCAUAGUACAUGGCCAGUCAUGUUAAUGAACUAUAAUUUAUCACCAUGGAUUUGCAUGAAGCCGGAGUAUAUAAUGUUGUCAAUGAUCAUUCCAGGUCCAUCGUCUCCAGGACAGGAUAUAGAUGUGUACCUACAACCACUAAUUGCUGAGUUGAAGGAACUGUGGGAAAAGGGAGUAGAAACAUAUGAUGCUGAAAGUAACCAAACAUUUUUAAUGCGUGCAGCCUUAUUGUGGACAGUUAGUGAUUUUCCAGCAUUAUCAAUGCUUUCCGGAUGGAGCACCAAAGGGAGAUGGGCAUGCCCCACUUGUAAUUAUGAUACUUGCUCUCAAUAUCUCAAACAUAGUCGUAAAAUGUGUUACUUGGGGCAUCGGGCAUUUUUACCGCACGAUCAUCCAUUUCGGAAAGAUAAGAAAUCAUUCAAUGGUGAAGAGGAGCAUCGAGCCAUGCCUACUCCCUUAUCGGGGGUAGAAGUGCUCGAAGAACUACGUGAAUUCAAUAAUAUCUUUGGAAAAGGCCAAAAGAAAAGGCCUCGGCGUAAUGACGGUCCGUGGAAGAAAAGAUCCAUCUUUUUUGAAUUACCAUAUUGGGCACAUAAUAAAUUGAGGCACAAUCUUGACAUGAUGCAUAUAGAGAAGAAUAUAUGUGACAGUUUGCUUGGGACUUUGUUAGAUAUACCUGGAAAGUCCAAGGAUCACGUAAAUUCUCGCUAUGACUUGCAAGAAAUGGGGAUACGCAAGGAGCUUCAACCAUUAGAAGAUGAUAAAAAUGGAAAAGUUCAUCUUGCUAAAGCUUGUUACUCCAUGAAACCGGAAGAAAAAAGAUUAUUUUGCACCGUCUUAAAGAAUGCCAAGUUGCCAAAAGGGUGUGCCUCAAAUAUAUCGCAUCGAGUGCAAGUGGAGGACAUGAAAAUUUCAGGAUACAAGAGUCAUGAUGCUCAUUUCAUAAUGCAUUACUUGCUCCAAGUUGCGGUUAUAAAAGUGUUACCCAAGAAUGUCUCUUUGGCCUUGAUUAGGAUGGGAAAUUAUUUUAGAACCUUAUGUAGUAAGGUAAUAAGGCAAAGUGAUCUUGAUAAAAUGCGGUCUGAAAUUAUAGAGAUAUCAUGUGACCUCGAAACCAUUUUCCCGCCAACCUUUUUUGAUAUAAUGACACAUUUGCCUAUCCAUUUAGUGAAUGAAAUUAAGCUUGGCGGUCCGACUCAUUUGCGUUGGAUGUAUCCCUUAGAGAGAAACCUGUGUAAGUACAAAGCAUUUGUUCGUAAUCGAGCUCAUCCAGAAGCAUCAAUAGCAGAGGGAUUUUUGGCAGAAGAGUGCUUGAACUUUUGUUCGAGAUACUUACAUGAUGGGGUGAAGACAAGAUUCAGUCGCUAUCAAACUGAAGAUGAUGAAGGCAUUGAGGGAGAAGAUUCUUCGCCUAUGUUUCCUAAUAUGGGCCAUCCAAUCGGAAGUAAGAAUAAAAGGAAAGGCAAGACUUUUGACAUGGAUUUACAGUUAUGGUCUGAAGCACAUCGAUAUGUUUUGUUCAAUACUGGAGAUGAACAAGUUGAGGCAUUUAUCAAGGAACAUAAGAAUUUCAUUGACACUCAUACAAAAGGAAAUGCAUGGCUAAAAGCACGAAUUCAUAGUCGUGAAUUCGAAAAUUGGCUUAGAGAGAAAGUUAAAAAUGUUGAAGUGCCCAAUCAAUUAAGAUGGCUAGCUAAAGGGCCUAACACAGUGGCUAAAAGAUAUACUGCUUAUUUCAUUAAUGGAUAUCGAUUUCAUACAAUGGAACGAGAUGCUCCAUGCAAGACUCAAAAUAAUGGAGUGACUUUGUCAGCAGCAACUGAUAGUUUUGCUAGUGCUAGGGACCAAAAUCCCAUAGGUGGAACAGUUAUCUACUAUGGAGCUAUUCAGGAUAUAAUUGAAAUUGAUUAUUGGGACUGUUUUAGUGUUGUACUAUUUAGAUGUGAUUGGUUUCAUAACGAAAUUGAUGGAUAUGGAUUAACGCGAGUGUACUUCAACAAAAAAUGUAGUACAGAUGAUACUUUUGUACUAGCAUCUCAAGUACAUCAAGUAUUUUACGUGGAGGAUCCAAUUGAGAAAGAUGUUUAUUAUGCAAGAAAUAAAGUCCCUGUUGAUUUGCAUGAUUUGGAAGAAGAGAAUUGUCCUAACAUUGGAGAAACAUUUUGGAGAGAACCUAAUGAUGAUAUUGGUUCAUCAAAUAUAUUACUUGACGUGGAUGCCAGAUGGUCGAGAGAAGAUAUACCUGCUGAUAUCAUUGAUAUGCCUACUCAAUCACAAGAUACAACAAUGGAAACAUCGGAAGAGGAGGAUGAGUAUGAUGAUACUGAUUGGGAUUGGAUGGAGGCUGAUGAUUGAUAAAUGAUCGUCUGAACUUCUUUAAAUAUAUAGUCGUCAUUGUUUUUUAGUGAGUAAUAAUGCCAUUUUUAGAAAUAUU